CUGUCACAUGGAUGCCACUAAAACUUAACAAAUCAGACAACAGACGAAGUGUUUACAUUCAGUGCUAGACGUGAAAUUUUUUCCGGUAACGGCAAGCUGGCGGGAAAAGAAGCAACGAGUUGUGCGAUAAAGGUUACAGAUGUCGAGUGAAACAUCCAUAAAGAAGAGACCAGGCACAGCUCUCUCCAUCGUGACUGAGUUUAGUGGAUCCGGUUUAUUAAACCCCAAACCUGCUGCUGCUGAUCCUGAAGAGCUGAUGAUCGAUCAGAGUCUUUCACCGGAGAAACUGAAAAUCCUUUCUGGAUCAGACGAUUUACACGAAGUGACGUCACUGGAGAUGUGCGUUGAUACGCGACAGGACAUUUUGGACAACUUUGGAAUCUACUUGCCUAAACUUACACAGCUGAAAAUGAACAACAGUUUGAUCUCAUCUGUGCGGGAUCUCGGAACCGGCCUUUCCCACCUGCAGGUUUUAUAUCUGGCUCGCUGUGGUCUGACCGACCUGGAGGGAAUUUCUGCUCUUUCGUCUUUAAAGGAGCUGUAUGUGGCGUUCAACAGCAUCUCAGACCUGAGUCCAGUCAGUUUGCUGGAAGAUCUGGAGCUGCUGGAUCUGGAGGAAAACGAGGUCGAUGAUCUGGCUCAGUUGUGGUAUUUGGGCCGCUGUGUGAAGCUCAGGACGCUUUCACUGGAAGGAAACCCUGUGUGCACAUGUCCCGCUCCAGGAACCUCUGAGGUCUCAGACUACAGCUACAGGUCUGCGGUGCGUGAUCUGAUCCCUCAGCUGAUCCUUCUCGAUGACGUUCCUGCUGAAGAGGACGAACCUCAGUGCUUCAGAACUUCACCGGAGGACUGGACUGUUCUCAGAGAAUCCAUCAAAGACGCUUCAGUCAGUGACGGACCGGAGCUCACAGAUACAGACACAGAAGAGAGAUCUGUCAGUGUGAGCCGCGUCAGACCUGCUUCAGCGCCGCCUGGAGAUCUGAGAAUCUCCUCCAGGAGUCUCUCCAGCCGUCCAGACAGCGCCAGACCUCUCACUUCCUGCACCGGAUCAAGACCAGGAUCAAACGGCUCCGACAUCGCCGUCUUGAACCACGAGGCCAGUGAUCUGACGAACGGUGUUGGUCGAGUUCUCUGUGGGAAUCCACUACAGGCCGCUCGAGCACAAAGACAGAAAAUAAAGCUCCAAAACUGUGUCUCUCAAACCCGUCUCAGCACUCGACUCAGCAGUUUCAUUCCUGAACACACGUAUGAGCGCGAAGAGUCGAGCAGUCGAGAUCACAGGGAUGUUUUUACUGAACUCAGAAGAUGGAGGAUUGAACACAACAAACGUCUGUCCGUUAUUGAGAAGGAGCAGCAGCCACAGGUGAUGAAGAUCCACCACAGCGAUGAUGAAGAUGAAGGCAGACAUAGCCAUAGUUUCUGCAGUGAUGACAUCACUAGAGACACAAGCUCUCCUGAUUCGUCCUUUCAGUCUCCCUCAGCAGAAUCUCCAGAGAUGCUGAGACUCAGCUCUUCGUCAGGCUGUUCGAUGACUCCCUCUCCUCCACCCAGAGCAGCAGCAGCUCCCCCUGCAGGCCAAAGGAUCACGCAGAUCCGCACCAGGAGACUCAGAGCUCAGAAUGCAGACGUCAGUAAAGCGAAAGCAUCAGAGGAGACUCAUGGGACUGAGAACAUCAUGAGAAUCAUCCACAAACCUCACAGACCCUCCAGCAGUCCUGUGGCCUCCACGCAAUGGUCAGAAGCUACUGAGAAUCAUCAACACGCAGACAAUCAACAUAAACCAAUAAUACAUUCUGAAAUACUGACACCCAGACGUCCACAAACAGCCAGAGCUGCACUGCAGAGACUUCCAGACCGAAAACACACGCCUGAAGUGAUGCAUUGUGGGUCUGAAUAGAUCAUACAUCUUUACUGCAGAAAUAUUCCAGGUGUGAUUGACAGGAGAGUCUCAUGUGAUCACUGAUACAGACUGGCAUUCAUGUCAGAUGACUGUGAUUGUGAACUCUGUUCUCCAGCAGCGCAGCUUCAUCUCUGGCAGAUCGCUAACAUGUCUGCUCUUGCAGGUUCAGUGUUUGGAGACGCAGGUGCAGGACUGUUAUUCAACACACGUUUCUGAAAGAUUUUCCACAGAUGACAGUCAGAUAUUUGUUGACAGCAUUCAUCUGUUCAAAAUCUCCACAGGCUCGCAUUUUGGACAGAAGCUUUUUUUGUGCUCAUCCAGAUAUAUGGAGAAUAGAAAAUUGUUAAUAAAGGCAGAGACAAUCUUUCUUUUUCAUUAAAUGGGGUUUUAAGGAUAUAGCUAAUGUAUCUCAAACUUUAUCAACAAUUAAUAUUUACAAAUGAUAUAAUCUGGAAUGUCAUAUGUUAUAACAAAGAAAUAACAUACACAAAUGUUUAAAU